CCUUUCAUCACACACCUCACACACCUCACACACCUCACACACCUCACACUCUCUCCACACCCUCUCCACACCCUCUCCAGCCACACCCAUCCACACAUACUCCCCAUCAACUCGGCCGACCCCUUCCCAUCGUCCUCACCCAUGUCUGCCCUGCGGGCUAUGCUGCAGCUGCGGUCUGUCUCCCACCCGCCCACAGGACCCUCGCUCCAGCAGUCCGACCCGAACGACACAGCCGCCUUCCACUCUAGCGCCUCCUCUAUCCACUCUGUUUCCACCCACUCCCUUCAGGCCCAGUCCCUCAAUGGUGCCGGCGCCUCCGUCGCCACCUCCAUCAUCCCCGCCGGAACCGUCUCCCUCUCGUCCUCAACAAAGCCCGGGACGCCCACCAAGAAACAAAUCAACCUGGGACUCCAUUCCGGUGCAGCCUCUGGCAACCUGGGUCUGGUCAAGUUUGCGCUUGACAAUGGUCAGCCGAUCGACUCCAUGCUCAAUGGUGUAUUUGCCAUCCACGCAGCCUGCUGCAGUAACGCCAAUGUCGCAGUCGUCCUCUAUCUGAUCGAGCGAGGCGCAGACGUCAACGCCAAAAGACUACCGCGGAAAUACAGCAACGAGAAGGGCGUGCAAACCGUUGGUACGACAGGAUCGACCCCUUUGCACUUUGCAGCUGCCAACGGAUGUCUUGCGGUUGUGGAUAUUCUGCUGCGACAUGGCGCCAUCGUCGAUAUGACCGACAAGUACGGCUCGUCGCCUUUGUCAGUGGCAGCAGCGAGGAACCAUCCCGAGGUCGCCAGUCUACUCCGCCAAUAUUCGGCCAUGCAGCGUGGUGUUCAGGACCUCACUCCCGACAAUGAAAGCAAGGAUCCGUUUGUCGAUAGAAGAGGCAGUCUUGAACUCCGUGGAACAGCACCGUCAUCGCGUAUUACUGCUGCUGUUGCUGCUGCUGCUGCAGGACAUCAAAAGGACACCAGCGCUCAGUCCCUGCCGGUCCCAUCUGGUCGCUCUACUCAAACCACACGCUCUCCAGGUCAACGGCGCAUCAGUCUGCCCUCAAUCAUCGAAUCGCCCUCUUCGCCCUCACCCAAUAUACUCCCCCCACCAAGACAGUCCUGCGAUCUUGGCCGCCCACCCCAGUCGACAGAACCAUUGGUCAGGAGCACUGCCUUUAUUCGCUCGACACCCUCUCAGCCCACAAGGAAUAUCACCAUGGCGCCAUCAAGACCUGAGGAUCGACCCGUCAAGUCUCCAACGCGUGAUCAAUCGGAUUCGUCGUUGAAUAAGUCAAAGGAGCCGGACACACGAACAAUCCGGCGAUCGCAAACAGUCCAUGAUGCUCAAAACAGCCUCUUGACACCCACGGAAGCUACGCCGAUGAAGAGGCGAAAGUCCAUGGAAUCAGCGGCGCUCCUAUCACCCCAGUCGGCGCUAUGUGUCAAUCGUCGCAAAUCGUUUGACCAUCUCUCCAGUCUGCGUCAUUCAAACUCGAAGAGCAGGAGAUCGUCCGAUGCGUCGACAGCUUCUGAGGGAACAGCGUCUUCAGGCACAUCAGGAACGUCCCAUACGAGCGUUUCAGACAAUGCGGCAGAGUCAAGCCAAGAUCGCAAUCGCAGCAGCAACAACGGCAACAUGGCCAGACCCAAGCUCUCUGGAUCUUCACAGGGAUCUCACCCCCAUCUUAUAAGAUCCACAUCUCAGCCCCUCAUUGAUCUCAUCAAACCCAGAAGAACGCCAGUGUCCUUCGUAUUGGAACCACCUGCUCGACAGUCAUUGGACCUGCAGCGAUUGGCGUCAAACCAGGACAGGACCGCCGACAAGGAUAGAAACGGAGAGCCAAGGAAUGACUCUGAUUCUGACCUUCCAGGAUUGUUGUUUCGUCGAAGGACCAUGCAGGAGGCAUCCAAUUCGAAAUUGGGAACAGUGCCCCGAUACCACAGUAUGGGACCAAUGGUCGAUUCAUCGAACGCUGAGGGGGGUUCGAGCAGGAACCAACAUCAUCUUCAUCAUUCGACCACUGGCUCUAGCACAUCAUUGCAGGAGAUGUCGGCGCCGCGACUGAGCACCAGCUCUAUCUCGUCUAACCAUUCUGGUUCAGGAUCGUUUUCUGGGAGUGCGACGGUUUCGGGAAGGAUCUCGAGGAUGUGGUCGUCCUCUGCGUCGAAUGGCAAGGAUCUUUUGAAGGAUGGAUCUGUGAACAAUGGGGGUGCGGGCGAGUUUGGGGAGCUGGGAGAUGAUACAGCCGCGAAUCGAUCGAGGAGUAGUAUGCUGAACCGACUAUCGGGGAUCUGGGGCCGACGAUGAGAACGAAGGCCGGGGGUGGGGAAGUUUUCAAUUUCAAAUGUAUAUAACACAGAUGUAUAUAAGCCAAAGAAAAAAAUAAAGCGCAACGGGCUGAACACGUUUUUAUUAUA